AGUCAAUGUGUGUAUAGAACAUCGCCCUUAAUGACAGAUUUUUAUUUUGCAGCUGGCGCAGGCGCUACUGUCGCCCUCCUUAUGGCCAUACUCUGGAUUCAGAUCCGCGACCGGAAACCAAAUACCAGCAGCCUGCUAGCAAAUGGCAAAGUGGUGAUAGUCACAGGUGGCCUAAGCGGGCUAGGCUAUCAACUGGUCAAGUUGUAUCGGGCCAACGGCGCUCGUGUGGCUGUUUUGGAUGUAAAAGGUGAAAGCGGCUUGCCGCAGCCGUCCGAGCCGAGGACUAUAAGAUACUACAAGUGUGACGUCUCCAACCGUACUGAAGUAGAGGUUAUCAUGGACGUGAUCGAGACCGAAUUAGGGACUCCCAAUAUAUUAAUCAAUUGCGCGGCAAUGCCAGUCAAUAAGCUGCCGUUCCACUGUCUUCAGAAUGACUUGUUUGUCAAAACCAUUAGCACCAAUUUCCUUGGUUCGGUGAAUCUCAUCCGUGCAAUCCUUCCAAAACUGAUCAAUGACGGAAAAAGAGGAAGUAUUGUGAACAUAAGCUCUGUUGUUGCGCAUCUCUAUCCAGCCGGCCUCUCUGACUACACGUGCAGUAAAGCUGGACUCAGUGCCCUUCAUCACUGCCUUGAGGCUGAGGCCCGCUUGUUGGGGUAUACUCGGCGGAUCAAGUUCCACCUGGUGGAGGUUGGGCAGAUGCAGACUCCGCUGUUCAACUGGGUCAAGCCGCCAAAUCCUUUACUUGCCCCGGUUCUCCAGCCUAGCUAUGUCGCGCAGAAGAUUUUUAACGCGGUAUAUUCGGGAGAACCUAGUAUCAUUCGUUUACCGAGGUAUGUAUCAUGGGUGUGCGCAUAUGAUGGGCUUCCGCUCCGAGCGCAACGGUUAGUUAGGUACCUUAUGGGGGUUGAUGAGGUAUUGGGUGAGCACGAAUCCAAGAAGACCAUUAAUUAG